GCGUCACGCGCGCGACGCGUCCCCCUCUUUCGUCACCGGCGCGCCGAGCGCCAUGGCGGUGGUGGGGCGCAGCGGGCGGCCCCUGCAGCUGACGCUGGCGCUGCUGAAGCCGGACGCCGUGGCGCACCCGCUGGUGCUGGAGGCCGUGCACGAAACCAUCCUCAGCAACCAGUUCCUGAUCGUGCGCGCCAAGCAGCUGCGCUGCGGCCGGGAGGAGAGCCGCCGCUUCUACCGGGAGCACGCGGCACGGCGGGGCGGGCACGGCGGGGCGGGCGCUGCGGGCCGGGAGCCGGCAGGGCCCCGUGACUCGGGCCGCCUUUCUCCUGCAGGACGGUUCUUCUACCAGCGGCUGGUGGAGUUCAUGGCCAGUGGCCCCAUGUGGGCUUAUAUCUUGGCCCAUGAGAAUGCUGUCCCCCUCUGGAGAUCCCUGAUGGGACCCACCAAAGUAUUCCGAGCCCGAAACAGUGUCCCAGACUCCAUCCGAGGAGCUUAUGGCCUCACCGACACCAGGAAUACCACUCAUGGCUCAGAUUCACCAGCAUCAGCCAGCAGAGAAAUUGCCUUUUUCUUCCCAGAAUUCAAUGAACAGCUCUGGUACCAGCAGGAAGAGCCACGUCUGCGCUGUGGGCAGGUGUAUUACAAUGCUGAGAAGCGUGUCCACUGUGUGUUCAGGGAUGAAGAAACAGAGUUGACCUGAGAUACCUGGGGGUAUGGUUUGUUGAGCUGGAAGUAGCUGCUAGGCAUGCUGUUUGGGUCAGCUGCGUAACAAGACAUAGAGCCUUUGCAUGUUUUAAGGAGCCUGAGGGAGGGAAAGACCUUAUGCAUAUUACGUUGUGCUACCUGGGAUUGGAUUAUUUUAUUCAUGCAGCAUACAGGUGCUGGGGUGUUUUAAGAAAAACCUCUCAAGUAGCAGUGCUCCAGCUUGAUAGAGAGGACUAGCCAUGCAGUUCACUGGUCCCUCGUGUUUAUUUGGAUACGAGUGGUACAGAUGAGUUUAUCAAAGGGUUAGGUCAAAGGCAGUGUCUAGUUCCCGUUAGGAUAUGAUUGGUUUUGCUGAUAUAAGGCUUCAGAUUCUUAGUAUUUGCUCUGUUGCCACAGUCCGUCCCUUAAGGAGAAAAGAGGGGAAAAAGAAUGCAAAAAAAAUGCAGCUGUAAGCAGGUCAAUAUUAACUCUUCUGUCCUUGCUUUCUUGGAUCCAAGCUGAGAAACAAGGUUGUCUUAAGAUUCGAAUCACAAUACAAAAUUGAAGCAUCUGGUGGAGGGCACGGUUAGAAGCUGUUCUCAGGAGGAAAGCAGUAUGUCCUCUUGUUCAGUUUGGUCUGGGCCUGCAACAGAACUUCUAGGGGAAGUUGCAGAAAGGUGUGGAGUAGUCCAGAGCCUGUGAAAGAUCUUCUGUUCUGUGCUUUUGGAUUGCGUGGGGCAUGAGAUCAGUAGUUCUGAUGAAAUGUGGUAGAGUGGCUAUUAAAGCUAUGGAUUUCUUGAAUCCAUAAUAAAAGGCUAGAGAAGUUGAUUUGAACUCUGGUACAGAAGAGGCUGUAGAUCAGGAGCUCUUUUCAUUAAGCUUUGUAACAAAAUGCUUAAUGGCAACUCGGAGACUUCACUGCCUGUAGACUUACUGGGCAUUGAAGCACCGAGUUCCAUAUCCUUUGUAAACAAGAUGGACAAGUCAUUUAAUUAUCCAGAUAACUGAUAAAAUUAUUAAUGAUGGUGCAUGAAGACUUGGUUUUGAUGCACAAUGCAAGGUUCUGACAUGCUUAUUUAUGUUUUCCCGUGUGAUACAUUUAGAGAUCUGUUCCUGUAUGAGUUUUAAUCCAUUUAAACUGUUCCCCUAAUAGCUUCUUACACUGCUGGUUUGGUGUUUUUUUAAAUUAAGGUGCCACGUUGUACUGACUGACUUUUAUUUUGAAUAAUUUCAAAUGCACUGUAUGGGUGAAGGUACCUUUGUAAUGUACUUGGGACAAGAAGUUUGUUAGCUUGACUCCCUCUUGUCAAAUUUACUAGUGAAUUAUUGUGUCAAAGAUCAAAGGCAAGUUACUCCGACUUGUUUAAGACAGCUAUGUGAAAUGUUGGCCAUUUGAUUGGAAAAUGUUUAAUUCGAGGAAGUGCUGCCAUAGAGCUUCCUUGAUUAAAUGCAUCGACCUUUUUAUUCCUUCCUUACUGUUAUGUGAGAUUAAAUGCAGUUACUGUUUUGUUCCAGGUACAGAUCAAAAGGAUCUGCGGAAUAUUUCUGCAUUUUUGCAUUGCUGCUUUUAUUUUCACCAGCAGCAUCCAAUGGUGGAUCUGCUCAUGGUUGAGUAUGCAUUUGUACAGGUCUGAAGCCUUGCUGUCCGUAAUGCUACUGUCAGUUGAUAUUUUAUUGAUUUCCUGAGUUUCUGUUAAGUGUGUUUUUCUCGUAACUAGUAACCCUACUUACUUUUUUCAUCUUCUUUAUAUUGUGCUUAAUUUUUUGGGUAUUAAUUUGGGAUGUCAUUAAAUAAUAAUUCCUAGCUUACGCUUCUCAUUUUAAAUGUGUUUUUUUCCUAGUCAUUUGCUAUUAUGAUAGCAGAUAGAGAUGGCAGAUACAUUUGGGGAAACUGACCCUUUUAAAAUUUCAAGUACAAAUAACACUGACUUAGUGGUGCAGUGUUUUUGCUGAAUAAUUAUCAGAUCACAAUCACCACUGCUUAGCUGCCAGUUUUUAUGUCCAUUUUAACAUUUCUUUGGUCCACCAAGACUGUACCUGAGUGGAGGUUGUCAAAACUGUGCAGUCCUAUUUCCCUAGACAGAGUGUGUGUUUUGCAAAUCUAAAUAUGUUCCACAUAUUUAUCAGGUAGAUCCAGUAUUGAAAUAUUUGGUGUUAGAUGCAGGAGGUAGUGUCAAAAAUUACUUUUAAUAUCAAAGGAAGCAUUUGGAUUUAUGAGAUGACAGCAGAUGUUCUCUGUUUUGAAGUUUCUUACAAAAGUCUUCUUCCAUCUCCUUUUAAGUGAUCCAGAAAUGUUUUUUUAUCUUCUCUAGUGACACUUAGCAUCUGUUUUGUAUACUUCCUGCUGCCUCUUGGUCCUGGGGUGAAUCACCUUUGGUUUUGUAACUUCAAAUGGCUUUAAUUUAAAAUGAUUUCUCGGACCCUUUCUGACUUUGCUCUUCUUGCUGCCCCCUUCCCCGUCCUUAAUCUGUUUUUACAGAACAAGUUGAAACCUCUGAUUAUUCUUCUAUUUAUUUAUAUAUUUUGUUACACCUGAGCCAAACUAUUCUUAAUAAAUUUUGGUAAUGCCUAGCAUAUGCAAUCAUAAAGAUUUUCGAUUGCUUUAUUUGAGCUCCAAACAUUAUGUUGCAAAAUAAUAAAGGCAAGUUAUCUGAA